GUUACUCGGUUCUCCUCCUCCGGCGCCGCUCCCCUCAGCCCCCAAACCCUAGUCCAGCUGAAAAGAUGGGCAGAGGACAUCGCCGGCAGGCGGCAAUGAGGAGAGGCCCCUUGACAGAAGAGGGGGAGGCGGGGACGCACUCCCGAGCGCCGGGGGCGGCAAAGAAGAGAGACUCCUUGCCAGAGGCGGCAGAGAAGAGAGACUCCUUGCCAGAGCCAGAGGCGGAUGCGUCAUCUGGGACCGAUACGGAGAGCGAGGCAACGAAGAUGGAUGUCUAUCGGGCUGCCCAACUUGCCCGUCCAGAGAUGAGAGGAGUUGGAGAUGACCCGGACGAGUCCGUGACACAAACACAUGGAUCGAGAUCGACCGAGGCAGUUGAGGAGGAUGAGUUUACACCAAAAUCUCCAAUCAGCAUGCCCUACAUCCCCGACGAGCUAAAUGAUCCGACUGCCUAUCCAGCGAUAUUCGCCUCCUUCAAGGAGGCCCAAGUUAAACACACAGCGAAAUUAGGUCGUCGGCUCCGUCUCUUGCCCAAGUUGGCACAUUCAUGCCAUCUUCCGAUCAGUGAAUCAGCCAAAGAGGGGGUGCUUCAUGCUGCUAAAUCUAUCAUCAGGCUCUCAUCUUCUGUUGACGGGAAGCCACUGGCCAACUGCUGUGGUUUGUUGAUUAAAUGGGACCCGGAGAGCAAGACAGGGACCGUUUUGACGACCGCACAUCUGAUUCGCUCAAAGCAUCCCACGGAAAACCACUGGGAAGGCAGAGACGAGUACAAUAUUAAAGCUAACGUUAUUGUUCACUUGCUGGAUGGCACCACUGCAGAUGGCCACUACCUCUACCACCAGGAGCAUUAUGAUCUUGCCUUUUUUAGGGUUAGAGUGGAUAAACCGGAUUUGCCCUCUUUCAGUGGCAGUGUGCAUUGUGGCCAAGACGUUUUCAGGCUUGGAAGAGAUGACCACAUGAAUUUAAGGAUAACCCAUGGCAGGGUGGAACAUCAGAAUCCAAGAAGUAAUCAGAGGCAUCACUACAUGUACUUUAUCCAUCAAAAAGAUGAUUCUCUUUCCCAUCCAAAAAAUGACUGUUACCUUCCCAAUAAAAAAAAUGACGAUUAUCUGUGUGAUGACGAUGGAUGGUCCAUCAUUGAUUUGGAUGGGAAGGUCGUUGGACUGGUUAACAAGCACCUUAGGCUUAAGAAGUCUUUGAUACCUUCUUGUAUCUUGGAUAAAUGCGUGGACUUGUGGUGUGAGUUUCGGUGCAUCCCUCGGCUCCAUCUAGGGAUGAAAUUUUCUUCCAUCAAGCUUCUUGAUCCAACGCAUAUUGACAAGAUGUGGCGCAUGUAUAAAAUUAAGGACGGCCUUAUUGUUCAAGAGGUGUCAAAAGAAUCGCAUGCUGAGAAACUUGGAAUCUGUCUCGGUGAUAUUAUUGAACGUUUUAAUGGAGAAUCCAUAUCUACUACAGUUGAGUUGGAAAACAUGUUGCUGGGCAGAUGCAGGGAUCAUUUAGAUCAAGGGAAUCGCUUGAAUGAGAAAAUAAAUGUUUCAAUUCAAGUAUUUCACACGGAGGAACGUCUCCGAAGAAACAUAAAUUUGAUUGUAGAUGUAUCAGAGGGUGGAGAGGUCGUUAAAAGAAGGACAUACCCCAUCAGUGCUAUAGAAGGGACGUCUUCUUCAGGGCAAUCUAGCCAAAAUGUGGCAGACAGUUUGACUCCUGUUUCUUGGCAAUGACGGCCAGGGUCCCAACUCCCAAGAUAGGCGAAGGGCGUUGGGUACUUCUGAAAGUGAGUCCAACAAAAUUGAUUUGAGAACUGAGACCGAGGUGAUUCAGCUGUGAUGCCCUCGGGAGUAUCGUCAGCAUCUCAGAAGUGAACCAAUAAUGUUAUGUUGCCACAGUUUGUUAGUUUAGCCGUGCCUAAUCACAUUCCAUUGUAGAUGCCAUGUAAUUGAUGAGCAACUUCAUUUGUACGGUUUAAGUCUAUUUGAUACGGUGCUUGCUCUUAUGAAA